UGUCUUUUAUUUUUAGUUUUUUUUCUAGAAAACGAGGUAAACGAUACUUUUUCUUUUUUGUUCGUUAGCGCAUGUUGGAAUCAAUGACGCGUUGUCUAGUACUAUGAUAAAUUCUUGUCAGAGAAUGUAUCUCUCUUUUGUCGGUGUUUUAUGACUUUGUGUUUUAUUUAUUUUAUUUUUUAUUUUCUAGAAAACGAGGUAAAGGAUACUUUUUUCUUUUUCAGUGGUCAACAGUAAACAGUCAAACCUUAACAACAAUGGCCGCUCUCACUAAUCGCGCUCAACCCAAUGCCCAAAUCCGCCGCGGUCCUCAGGUUUUCAUCAGUUUCCGUGGAGAUGACGUGCGCAAUGACUUGGUAAAAGAUCUCGUGAAUAACUUGAAAUCUAAACGGAUUAAUGUCUUCAUAGAUACCUUCUUGCCAGGAGGGCGGGGAUUACAAGAGCUCUUCUCUAAGAUCGACAAGUCGAAAAUCGCAAUCGUGAUCUUAUCCAAGAAGUACCCAGACUCUUAUUGGUGCAUGGAAGAGCUUGUGAAGAUUGACAAGCGAAUGAAAGAAGGCAAACUCAUCGUGAUCCCAGUCUUCUACAAGGUGACCACGAGCGACGUAAAAAAAUUUAAGGGAGAUUUUGGAAAAAGUUUCGAUAAACUGAAGAAAUGUCACGCGAUGGGAGAACCGAGGAAGGUUAAGCAAUGGGAAGCUUCCGUGAAGUCAAUUGCAAACAUAAAGGGCUUACCCGGAACUGUCCCUCCUCUUGUCGGCCAGAUUGUCCAUGCUGUUGAAGUUUGUCUAAACGAAAUGCCAGCAAAAGACGUCAAGGCUGUAUUUACAGCAAUUUGGUUGGGUGUCUAUCUUGUAGUGUCUUUCCUCAGCUUUCUUUCAUACAUGAUUUUUAAUGAUUUAAAACCUUUCAAAAGUGGCAAAUGGAUGCUUGGCUUUCCAACAAUGGCUGCUAUCCUACUCAGUAUUGCGUAUUGUAUUGAUUAGUACACUUGUGUGUUGUGCAAUGUAAACUACUUGAAACUCUCUCUGUCCAAACUCCAAAGACAUCUUGGUAGUCCUGUAAGUCUUUGCUUCUUCAUUUGGAAUGAUCAUUUUUCUAUCCGUUUCCCUUUGUAGUCAGCUUUGAAAAGGUUUGCUACUGUAUCAGAAUGUAUGAUACCAUUGGUGUGAAUGUGAGCAUGCAUAUUUGAGCACAGUUUUCGGCGUCUCUUGCUUACUUGCUUGA